UGAAUCUCCCAUGUCUCAAUGUCGUCUUUAACAUUAUUCAUUCCCACACACAGACACACACACCGUCUCUCUCUCUCUCUCUCUCUCUCUCUCUCUCUCCCCCCAAUUCAAUCGAUGUAUGUAUAUGUAUAUUAUGUAUUCCUUCGCAUCGAGGGGAAACAGUACAACGAAGCUUCUACAACCGCAUCGCCGUUGAUCUCUGCCUCUGAACUCGCUGCUCCAGUCCCUCUCUUCUGAAGCUCAGAUUACUAUUAAUGACAUCCUAUCCUAUCAUGGCUCCGUCCCCGGUGGAGCAGAACGGCGACGGCGCCGGCGAGUCGCAGAGGUCGACCCCGACGCCGUUCUUGACCAAGACCUAUCAGCUCGUCGAGGAGGCCGGCAUAGACGACGUCAUCUCCUGGAACGAGGACGGAUCCGGCUUCGUGGUGUGGAAUCCGACCGUGUUCGCGCGAGAUUUGCUCCCCAAGUAUUUCAAGCACAAUAACUUCUCCAGCUUCGUUCGGCAAUUGAACACCUACGGAUUUAGGAAGGUCGUGCCUGAUCGGUGGGAAUUCUCCAACGAUUGCUUCCGGAGAGGCGAGAAACGUCUCCUGUGCGAGAUUCAGCGCCGGAAGUUGUCGACCCCUGUGCCGGCGGCCGCGACGGUGGCUGCAGCGGCUAUCCCGACGGCGAAGACGGUGAUAUCGCCGUCGAACUCGGGGGAGGAGCAGGUGAUCUCGUCGCACUCUUCGCCGUCCGUUUGCGGCCAGAACUGCGCGGCGGAGGUUAUGGACGAGAACGAGAGGCUGAGGAAGGAGAACAGGUUGCUCAGCAAGGAGCUCACGCAGAUGAAGGGCCUCUGCAACAACAUCUUCUCUCUGAUGUCGAACUACGCCGACGGACAGUCGGAGAGCGGCUUCCGGAUACGAAGUUCCGGCGGCCACUCCGCGAAGGCGCUUGAUCUGAUGUCGGUGGACCGGUGCUCGGGCGAUGCCGGGGAGGAUGAAGAGGAGGCCGAGGCUGAGGAGGGUGAAGAAGAUACGAGGCUGUUCGGGGUGCAUCUCGACCUGAAGCGGAGGAGAGAGGGUGAAGCCACGAUGGCCGAGUACGACGCCAUGCUGCAGCUACAGCAGCCCGGCGGCUAUGGCGAGGUGAAGCCUGAGCCGCUGGAUCAGAGGAACAGUCUCGAAGGUUCUUGGUUGAAUCAUAAUCAUCACCACCGGCACGGCGAUGAUCAGACGGUCUCCAAUGGGUGAACUGAACUGAUGGCUGAUCUUGAGGGAGGUGCGGCAAUCGAGAAGAGAGAACGCACGUGCCUGGCCCAAAAGGAGAAAGCGCGCACGUGUCAACCGAAAAGCUUACAAGCCCAAUGGGCCACCAAUUACUUCACUUGUGUAUGAAUGGUUUUAUGGGCUUCUCUUUUGUACUACUUACUUAUAUAUAUAGUCCUUAUAUUAGUUUCAGUGGUAGUUUUGUUUUAUGGGUGACAAAGGGAUACCCAAAUAUGAUUUGUAGCUUGGAGUCUGUCCAAUCAAGAAGACUAUGAUUCGAUAUGUACCAUUAACAAGUUUAAUUUGCUAAAGCGAGACCCAGCCACA